CGCUUGUGUCGGCUCGACUAUCGGCGCAAUAAACUACGUUACCCGGCAUUCCCCGCGGGCCACAGUGCGCUGGCAGCCUCAAGAGGUUUCUGCCGCGCACGGAGAAGACCGAGCGGAAUAAAGUCAAAACUCCAGUCGUUUUGUGAGCCUGCAGCGAAGAAACGAAAAAAAACUUCACCGGAGAAGUUUACAUUACGGACACACACUGGCUAGUAAUCGCGUUAAUCUUGGGAGUUCGGCGGUUUUGCUACAUUUUAACACCGAGGGUUAUAUAAUUAAAUGUAGUGACGGAGAAAAAGGAGCUGUAAAUGCAGCACGUUAAGCGACCGAGGAUUUAGUGUUUUGUGGCUAUUAAGGUCCGUGUAGCGACCGAUCACUUGAGCUACACUAACGCUAAAUGUUGUAGCGGAUCCCCGGGGAGGAGAUCUACCAACUUGGACCCACAUUGUUGGAGUGUUUUUGAGGAAGAGUGUGCUCCGCGCCGCCCUUGGCUCGCUGCUGCUGAAGCUCCCCGGCGGUGAGGUGCAGCCACGCCGGGGGAAGGCUCCGCGCCACGGCUGCUGCUCCUGGUGCUUGGAUCGGGGCCUUGUCGGUGAGGCGACAAUGCUUGACAUAAUGUCUGAGCACCAAGAUUCACUGUUGACGUGCAAAACGGAAAGUUUGCCCCCAGAGAGGAAAAAGAGGACUGUUGAGGACUUCAACAAGUUCUGCAGCUUCGUCCUGGCGUAUGCUGGUUACAUCCCCAGUCCAAAAGAGGAAAGUUCAUGGUCUCCCACAUCAUCCAGCUCUGCACACAGUUCAGGGCUGUCGGCAGAUGGAGGUGGUGGAGGCAGCAGCUCCACCGGUAAUACUUGGGGAGAUGGAAGCUCCGACAUCCAUACCAUCCAUACAUUUGUCCGUAAAGCUCGAGCAAAUAAGGGAAAAAAUAUUCGCCGCAUGCACUCUGAUAGCACUCUGCUGGACAAGAUGCGCCUUAAGGACUCUCUGUACGAGAGCCAGGUUAGCACUAAGGCCGAGCGCAAGAAGGACAAAAAGCUGAAAAAGCUGUCGCUGGGAUCUGCCAUGACGGCGCCAGACAGCGGGAGCAGCGAAGGCGAGAAAAGGGCACGCAUCAAACGCAGCAAAAACUCAAAACAGCCAAAGCCUAAGAAGCUCAAAAGUUCGACAGCUCAAAGCGAGACAGACUCUGAGGCACGGCAUACACAUACAGAGGUACGACCCGCCAGAGAGGAGCUGACGGAGCACGGGGGCUCCACCCCAAGCAUGCAGGGCCUGGGCAAGAUGCAGACAGACGAGGCCAUGAGGGAAGCAGAGAUGAGCUCCAGCGAGGGCGAAACUUGGAUUGCCGAUGAAGACAUUAUGGUGGAGUCAGGCGAUGACUCGUGGGACUUGAUCACCUGUUACUGUGGGAAGCCAUUCGCAGGACGGCCGAUGAUCGAGUGCAACCAGUGCGGCAUUUGGGUGCACUUGUCGUGUGCAAAGAUCAAGAAAUCCAACGUUCCAGACAUCUUUUACUGCCACAAGUGCAGGGACGUGCGGCGAUCUGGACACAAAAAAGACCCGUAAACACAGAGAGGACGGGAGGGACGAGGAGCACCCACCCUGUUUUUGCUGUCCUCUGACACUUGUUUUCUUUGAUGCCUACAGCCAAAACAGCCUGAAUUAUCACCUGGAUGGCAACUGUAUUGUCAGUUUUGUAGGAUUUCUUUUGACAAUCACAACCAUUCUUAUUUAUCCCUCACGGUUUCUUUUUUUUGUUUCUUACUUUUUUUUUUUUUUUUGGCUACUGUGAAGAACUGGACAGAAGGCAACAGUGACAGUGGAGAAUCAUUUAUUUGUUACUAAUUGGCUUUAUUGUUGUACACUGUGCUGUUGAUGUGCACACAAACUUUUUACACUUAUUCACUGAAGUCUCAUUUUGACUUGUAGAUUAGUUGUUGAGGAUAUCGACAAAUCAGUGGAAAUUUCCUUUUAGCGUCUUAAGGAGUACCAUUUUCAGUUUGAUAGCUAUUUCCUCUCGACAAUAAAUCAAUGCAAGUUUUACACAUUGACAGUUAUAGCUUAAGAGAUGGAAAGCGCCCCCCCGUUUUUUGUUUAGAAGUAUGUCAUAAUGCUAGAUGGGCAGCUCAUUUUGUUUUUUAUCGUAUCACGGCGAUUCAUUUUUGAGUUAGCUUUUUUUAUUUCGGUCCUCAGUGAUAAUCACUGAACUUUAAAAUGUAGAGAUCUCACUCCUUUAGAACAAGUGAUCUUUAAAUUAAUAGAAUCUGUCCUUAAUUAUUUUUCAGCUGCAAUUGCAUUCAAAUUGCUACAUUUCAAAUUGCACACAGACAAUUCUCUCAGCAGUGCACUUUUUAAGAAUAUAAACCCAAAUACAUAUCCGCUGCAUAUAUGGGUGGUAUUGGGAAUAUGAUUAGCUACGGCUGAUUUAAAUCUGUACUUGGCAUGUACAUUCAUGAUUAAGCGCUUAAUGUUUCUCCCUGUCUGGCUUGUUAAUCAAUGAUAGCCAUUUACCAUGAACAACAUUUACAUUGAAAGCUGUUUAAAUGUUUUUGUUUCAUGUGUGGUUUUAGUUUCUCAUGUUAAAACUCAUCUGAUAUGAGGGCGUAAUGUUGCUGUAAGACGAAUGGUUUGGCAGUGCUUUACAAUAUCAAAGUGGUUCUGAGGCUCGUUUAUGAAUGGUUGUAAAAUAUUUGUUUUUCUGUUUCAUGUAAUUGUUUAUUUCUUAGCUUUCUGAAGAGCGGGAUUAGGGAUGCGCCCGCAUCAGAGAAUGGACAUAAGAUUGUCUCACAUCGAGAACAAAGUUGUAGUGUACAGAAAAAUAAGUUGACGCCGCAUAGGUUGCGGCGUUCGUUUAUGUUGUUUGGUUUUACCAUGUGCUUUUUCUUUCGUUGGUGGGAGAGUCUUGGUAAGUCUCCAGUAGCAGUUGCACUCUCUCUACAACUUCAAUUCUGUGUACAUAUCCUGUUCUUUGACAACUGUACAUAUGUGAAAGUGAAGAGAGAAAAUACCCAAGCAAAAUCUAUAUUUUCUGCAGUCUGAUAUUGUUUUCUUUAAUUGUAGCUUGAAAAAUAAAAGUCUUUGGGAACAUA